UGCAUUAUGAAUAAUAAGGCAGAGAGGAUAACAAUAGCGCAACGUUUGAGUAGUGAAAGAAUAAUGACCUACCCGUUAAAAAAAGUUACAUUGAAAGCAGACGUUUAUAUGGUUUGCUUGGAGCAUGCGUUAUCAACUGAGAAUUUUGAAGUGAUGGGCUUACUUAUCGGUGAUAAUGUAGAAGGCGUUACCAGCAUAUCGGCUAUGAAAAUUUCAAGCCGCUCUGAUAAAAAGAAGGACAGGGUUGAAAUAUCACCGAGUGAAUCAGUGAAAGCCUGGGAGGAAGCUGAACGCUUGACCAAAGAGCUUCAUAAAACAAUGAGAGUUAUUGGAUGGUAUCAUUCUCAUCCGCACAUUACAAUCUGUCCGUCUCAAAUUGACAUUAAUACACAACAAUUGUAUCAAACUAUGGAGCGCAGUUUUGUUGGAUUAAUAUUUUCAGUAUUUUCGGAAGAUCAGACUACAAAAGAACAAGAAGUGAUGCUAACAUGUUUUCAAUCUUGCCAUGGCAGUUCUAAAGAAAUUCCACUAGAAAUAAUUUAUACACCAAACGUAUCUAUUUGGUGUUGUCGGUCGAUGAUAGAAUUACCACAAAUCUUAGUACAAGAAGAAAAGAAUGUGGCUGAAAAUUACAAAAAUCACCCAGACAUUCUUGUCCAUAUAUGUAAUAACGCAGUAUACAUACAGGCACUGUGCCACAUAACCGACAUGGUCACAAAACCAUUGGUACAUGCACUGACCGAGCGAUUAAUAUCGAAUAAAAAAAGCUCUGUUUUUCUUCAAGAACAAAUUGAUGAUUUAAAAAAAUUAUUAAUAAACCCAUAACAGUUUUUAUUAUUAA